UUAGCAUUUUGUAGACUCUUUAUAUAUACACUCCCGCAUUUCGUACGAUAGCUUAACAGUGAAGUCACAAUACACACUCCUCAGACACCAAGCUUUCGCCGGCAGCGCUAUGACUUUUGUCGGAGCUUCUUGGAGUUAUACAGAAAAUGGUUUCGGGCCUGAACGUUGGCAGAAGCGAUACAAUAGCACGUCAAGUCUGCUCCAGUCUCCUAUCAACAUCGAAAAGGCAAUUAUUGUGAAGGAUUCAAGUUUGGGUCCUCUCAGGCUCUCAUAUGUCCCGUCAUGCAACAGUACUAUUACCAAUGAUGGACGUACACUACAGUUGACGAUACCCAAGCAUAACAACACAAACAUUCUCUCAGGUGGACCGCUGACCAGUGAGUAUCAGCUGGCCAUGAUAAGAUUUCACUGGUCUGCAGAUGAUAACACGGGAUCAGAACAUCAAGUGGAAGGCAAUGGGUUUCCACUAGAAGUACAGUUUCUUCACUGGAAUAAAGAGCGUUAUGAAAAUAUCGGGCAAGCGUUAACUGGAGAGGAAGGUAUUUGUAUACUAGCCGUGCUCUAUCAGGUUGGUAACGAAGAUCAUGAAGGCAUGAAAGAAAUAACAAAACUUUUAACAAGAAUUGAUCAUAAGGGAUGUUUUUCAUCAGAAGUCAAGACUGCAAUUAAUCUAGGAGAUUUUAUACCAGAUCAUCCUAAUUACUGGACAUACCAAGGCUCCCUUACUACUCCUCCCCUGACAGAAAAUGUGACAUGGGUCGUUUGUCAGACAACCAUGAUCUUAUCACCAGAACAAAUGGAGGUAUUUCGAAGUGUUAAAGCAUCAAACGGCGAGGUGAUGUCAUGUAAUUCUAGACCACUUUGUCCUUCAAAUAAUCGAGUCGUAAGGGAAUCGACCGAGAUCACAGCCAACGAAGACAACUCCGAUGUCAUAAAUGACGACGAAGAGCCGAGUAAAUCUGACGAAAAUGAAGACUAACCCCAAAGAUAAACUAAUAACAAUGUGUAACGAAAAAUGUACAAGUAGUUAGGAUUCCGUUUGUAAACCUUUGUCAAGUAGUUUAUUAUUCUGUUUGUAAACCUUUGCAUGGUCAGAGUAGCGAAUAGUUUGUUUUAUCAUUAUUAUUACGAGAAAUAUCAGUUAUUGUCAAAUGGUUUCUUAGCAAUUAUUAGUUCUUUUCGAUAGUUUUUCCUUCCUUAAGCCUUUAGAUUUAACCCCCCCACCGAAAUAUUGGAGCCGCAAUGUUUACAAAAUUUAGUGAUAGCUAAUGCGCAUGCUCAAACCAACUGCGAACUGUCAUUCGUACGCAGUUGAUUUGCAUUUGUGACAUGUUUUGGGAUUAAUUUGAGUCGAAUGAUACUUUAUUUUGUCGACUAGGCAUGUAAAAUACAUCAAUGAAACAAUACUAUGAUAAAAUAAAAUGUAAGGUGAUUAGUCAAA